CAUUCCAAAUAUGGUAACUCAAAAAAGCAAAGAUGGCGACAUCACCGAACUCGAGGCUUCACAAAUACAGUUGGUUUAAAUCUGGCCACAAACACGUCUUACCUAAUGGAUUCUUUUGUGAGUGGGUCAUAAGUAGCCUGAUUGGAUACAGUUGAUAUGCUGAUGCCAAAUGAGCUGCUUAAAGUUUUUAAGCCGGCGCGCACGGAGAUGUACCAAAUAACAGCCCACAGUCCUCUUCUCUAGCUGUAUGGUUGAGGAUUCUUUGUUAGCUUGUUUAGCAGUGGCUACUGAUCAUAAGUGGUAAUUCUGGCAAGCACAUGGUAGUAAAGUACCCGCACGAGAUGCUGCGUGUCAAGUGCAGUCUGUCUUCACUGGUUGUAAACACAAUGUGGGUGUUUUGAAUUUACUCCCAAAUUGCAAGUCUUCCAAUGGCAGAGAGAUACUCGCUCUUAAAAAACGGUAUUGAAUUUAUUUGAAUAGUUGUAAAAAACCUUAUUGUUUGAAGUUUGAAAUUCAGAGCAUUAAUAUAUCAAUAAACACCUAUUAGCUAUGUAAAGGUAUAGUGGAGUGAUAUCUACCUGAGCAGAGAAUUGAGGUCAAUCUCCACCAAGCUACACUAUAACAUUUUACAGCGAAAAAAUCGAAAUAAGCACCGUAGACACGGGUUUUCUGCACUGCAAUUUCUUGUUACUGACAUGUACAUUGUAUAUACAAAUGUAUAAAUAUCAAUAUACCUAAUAUUUAUCUAUAAAGUAUAAAUAUUAGCCAAUGCCCAAUUUGUCAUGUCACAGCUGCUAUAUCCAUGCUUUUUUGAUUUGGAUGUGAGAUGACAGCAACAGGUCAUCCAUCUCGUGUUUGUGAUGAAAACUGUUCAAAAGCUGCGUCUGUGUUGGACUACGAACCUCUCUUAAUAUGCAAUUAAUGCCAUAGAUCACUGCACAGUAACGCAUCGAACGCAGCCUGGAUCCUUUCUUAGAACCAGACCAAGCAGAAUACACAACUCUAUAUGGAGUAACAAUGCAGAAAUAGUUGUAAAUGAAUCAAAAACAUGCCACAGAGUAAAUCACAUAGACAAAAAAAGUGUCAUUCAUCAUGAUACUGCACUUAUCAGUGUAAUAAAAGAAAGAGGUGUAUGUUAGAUUUGUUCCCAUGGUCACCAGUGCGGCCCUGAGGGACAGACAGCACAUCAGCUUAAAUACAUUCUGACUGUUUGAAUAACAUGAGGUGCAAAUUAUGUGUCCGAUGUGGAGGCUGUUAGGGCGGCAAGAUAAAUGGAGCACCCCAGAAUCUGUUGAGAAAUCGAACACAUUUGCGCACGGGUAAAAUAAAACGGUCCAUAAUGGAAAAAACAAAAGGCCGAAAAUAUCCCCUCAGAUACUGAAUUUUUAGCUGUUAGGAAACAUUAAAACAUGGCAAAACAUUGUAAAGUGGAACCAUGUUUGCUUUGAGGAUUAUGAGAAAAUCCUCUUUUAUCAAACCUGUGUGUGUGUGUGUGUGUGUGUGUCGUCCGUGUGUACAUGUUGGAAGCGGUUAAAACAGAUGCCGUUGAGUGGUCCAACAGAAGAGUGAGUGAAAGGAACUGACUACCUUGUGAUAACGCAUUCAACUUGUCUACCAACAGGACCCCCUGCUGACACACACUCACACGCACACACUUAAAACCCUCUGGUAAUGCAGGCACUCGCACAUGAGUCGCAUUACAUAUCAUUACAACCUCACUGGCCCCACUUUUAACAAUAUGGCGGCUGAGGGGGCGUGCUCACAAACAUAUGUGUAGUUGGCAUGCGGAUGCAGCCCGGCAAGUGCUGUGCGACAGGAGUGAAGGAGGAAGAAAGGGCAGCACAGAGGGGAGAGCGCAAGAGUCCAAGGCAGCUGCAGGGCUGUGGCUGUGUGCCCCCUGUGUGUGUGUGUGUGUGUGUGUGUUCUCCUCUGAGGGCUGGCACUGACACCACGAAGCCUGCUUUCCCUGGCUGAAGUAGGCCCAGGCCUGCCUGGUGACAGAGAGAGAUGCAAGGAGAGGUGGGGGGGGGGGCACCCAGGGUGCAGAGGAGUCGCCCAGUCAGAGUUGAUUGUUCUGUGACUAAUGUCUCUGUCCGGCGUCCAUCUGCUGCCGGGCCCCCCCUACUCACUCGCGCUCACGUCUCCAGAGCCUUGGUGGGAUUCUUCUAGUGACCGUGAAACCUUUUCUCUGCUGUGCUCUCCUGGUUUUCACCACAAUGAGCAGCUAAAAGUCACUGCAGUCCCGAGGUGCAUUCGGGGCAGUGACAUUUUCGUCAAAUUCAUGAUCAGAAGUCAUUAAUCCAUCACAGAGUUUGCGUGUGAAGGCCUUCCUAAAUUGUAAGUAGCUGCUAGUUAGUGGUAAUUUGAUAUCUCAGAUGGCACCGUUAAAACUUAAAGCUGCUGUAAUCAAUAUUUUUAUAACAGCAAUACUUCAAGUGAGACGUUAAAGGAGACACUCGCACUGACAAACUUCCUUCAGCUCUACAGAGCUUUUUUUUCUUCCUUUGUUCUUCUUUUUUCAAAUAGUAAAUAUUGGCUCACUCGCGAUGCUCUCACAGCGUUGUUUUACCCAUAGCACGUAACUUUUUUUCAGAGAAAAAGCUCUUAAAAAGCUCUACCUGCGAAGCAUUUAGCAGCUAGCGAAACAUGAUGUUUCCCUCCGGAGUUGGAGACCAAAAACAGAACUAAAGUAAGUUUCAUGUUGGUAUCAGUGUACAUAUUUAGCAGUGCUAUUUAGUAACACAUAACCUUAGGUAUGAGCCAGUUUGUGUUGUCCAACCCGUUUCAUGGUGUUUAAAUCUUGUUAAUACUUAAAGCUGCCGUUGCUAACUUUUAUAAAAAAUAUCUUCAUAUUUGCUCAAACUGUUACUGGUCGUUUUUCUUCGGGGCGUGGUGGAAUCUUGCAAAUGCUAUAAUGGUGUGAAAAUGGCUUCAGGAGCACUAAAAAGAGGCAGAGGAACCAGUUUGACAAAUACGAUAAAAAGUUAUUGUCGAUUGAAGUUACCAACUUCUGCUUUAAUUUAUAACUAAGCUUUGAACUUUUUUAACUGACUAACAGUUGAUGCAGCAGGCUCCAGCUCAUUUGAAUGUGAUCUCAGCUCUCUGGUUGAUCAGCUGCCUUGUGGGGAAUUUACCUACCUAAAUCAUUUGCAAACAUACACACAUGUAGGAGCAGCGCUCACACAACAGUGGAAUUUAUUUCAACAUUUGCAUGGUGUGGCACCGGCAGUGCAGUGGUUAGCACUGUCGCCUCACAGCAAGAGGAUUCUGGGUAUCCCUGUUUCGGCAGUGUUUUUCCUCCAGGUUGUCCAACUUUCUCCCACAGUACUAAGACAUUACGCUCGUUUUCAUGUUACCCCUGGGUUUUUAUAGGGCUUAGGUUCUGUGUAGCCAGUGGGGUAUGGGAGGGGGGGUUUGCCCCCCCAAAAAAAUUGCUAAGACUUAAAAGUAUAACAUUUUACGGCAUUUUGGACCAUUAUUAUUAUUAAAAAGCUUAAUGACAAAACUUGCUUUAAUUAAAAUGAUGUCACUUUCACAUGUCACAGCCUUCAUCUGAACAAUUAUAUCUUCUGGCAAUGUUCGCCCCAUAAAUACAUAUUCUGUAAAUCAGGAGAGCAGAUUCAGAAAACCAAAUCAGUGUGACAUCGCACAUUUGUAAUCAACUAGUUCCGUUACAAAUUCAUGUCAUUGAUUCAUUUAUCCAUAUUUUGGGCUCUUUUGGGGCAGCUGAAACUGAAAAAAAAGACCACUUAAGUUUUUGUAUCCAACAAGUUGGCUGUUCAUACAUCCAGCGGACAUGUGGCAACAUUAACACUGACUUGGAGACAUGUUCCUGUCUGUCUGACGAACAUUACUCCAUUAUUUACUCUCCUUUUAGCUCUAUUUUGUUCUCCGCCAACUUCUGAGGAAAAUCCAUCAUUCCGCUAAAUGCUCCACUAUGUUCUCCAGCUAGACUUUGUCUGUUUAUCAGAGCGUUCAUGCUGAAAAUAGCUGCGUGCUGUGGCUGGAUACAACAUUAUCAAGAACUAACAAAACAAUGAGCUAAAAGAGCCUAAAAGGCAAUGCAUACUUUCACCACAGAAAGCACGUUUUCGUUACGAUUCACCUGUCAACAAUUCAAAUACUUUUUCUUCAAUUAAUACAAGCAGUCGGAUAGAUCCCUUUUUAUUUAGAAAGUGCUUAAAAAAUUCAGACUACAAUAGUCUAUAAUCUUUUCAAUUCCUUUUGCAGUGCAUUACAAGUGUUUUGUAAUUUAGAAAAAAAAGGUUUUCACAUAUCAGCUCUAAGACAGGGCACUUCCUAAAUGUCUAUGGCAUUUUACACUGCAUAAAUUGGCUUAAGGGCUCACAAACCUUUGCUUUCUCAUAGCUCUUCUAUUCUUCGUUCAAGCCACUGCAUCUCCCGACAGAACAAGCACGGUCGAAUUUUAGCCUUCGUGGGUGUUUUUUUUCCUCUCCAGCCCAGCAUUGUCUAAACAGAGUAGCUAAUAUUGGAAAUGGGGGCAACUAGUUAGCGGACCGCCUUGUGUGCCUGAGUGUCUGUGUGUGUGUGUCGGUGAAACACCAACAUGGGAGGAACGAAACAAGGGCGACAGUAAACAUCAGAAAAACGCAGUAAAGACUCGCACUAAACUGAAAUGAAACCAAACUUCAGAUCAUGUUCUGUCGCAUCGCGAUGGGUCAAGAAAUUUCCGCAACCUCCACACGCUCUCCCCCUUCUUUAACCACCAAAGGUAAAUGGAAGUAGUAUAUUCAGCCACAUUUUGGUGACAUAUUGAUUGUUGCGAACACGCUGAGCCGACUAAUAGACAGCAGGAGUGGUUUGAAAAGUUUCUAUGGCUGUUCCGAUCAUAUACAGUAUUUCCGCCAUUAGAACUUGUCACCAUUGUAACUAAGAUGAUCACAGCGCGUGUAAUUCGUGAAGAAGGUAAUUUAACUUUUUCACGUACACACAGUUGCACAAACAAAUGCACAGAGGAAACAAAUCUUGCCGCUGGUGCUCAACCGCACAGCCCAGCUGGAUGAAUGAGUCCUUGUUUGGAUUGUUAAGUGCUGGGGGGAGGGCAGGGAGAAGGGGGAGGACAGCAAGGGUCGGUACGUUGGAGAGGAAACGGAAAUGAGGGGGAAUACAAUAAAGCGUGAAGAAAGAACCAGAGGACAAACUCCAGUAAAAACCCAACAGAUCUCGUUCAUUACACACGACUCGGAGUCUGUGUUUUUUCCCCCCAGGUGUUUAAAAACGGUCGGGGUUAAAAUGUGUCCAAAAUGUUGGCUGCUGCUUUACAGGCUUCAGUUGCACGUGUGCGCGUGCACACUGUCAAGUGUAAUUGUGUUAAAAUUAGCCAGAGAAACACACACACACUGACACGGACUUCACACUGCAGGCUUGUGCAGGCUGUGGCAAGGGACAGUGCAUGGGAAGUGUGAACAGUCGAAGAGCAGACAAAAUGACAUGUGUUCGCCCAAGGAGCUGGCACUGUAAUUGCGUGCGUGCGUGUGUGUUUGUGUGUGUGUGUGCGUGUGUGCGUGCGUGCAUAUGUCAGUGUGUAAGUGUGGUGUGUACUACGCCAACCCUGCUGUUUACUGUGGGGGAUUUUAGAAGAAUUGUAGGCAGCUGGCAAGCCCCUUCAGUUUCAAAUUUUUUUCUCUUCCUAAAUCUGCUAGUAGCUUGAGUGUAGUAGUGGUCUCUGUCUAUCUGUCCGUCCCUCAUUCACUCGCUCCACUUAUGUGCAUGUGGAUUUGAUGUUGGGCUACCACAGCGGUUUAACAAAAUAGGCAAUUUCCGACAUGAAAAGAAGCAAUAAUUUCCCUAGAGCAGCUGGGAUGCCGGCCUACAAUGUGUUGAUCGGGACUUAAAGCUGCACGGGGAAAACAUUUACUUGGUAAAAAAUAUUGACUUAAUAUCAGUGUGAAUCAUGGAGUGGCCUCCACAGAGAGAAGAGAAUGGCCCAUUUCCAUUAUGUCAAAAAGUGGAAUCUAAACCAUCUCCUGAACAGCGGCAGUAGAGCAACACACAGAAAGCUGGACUUACCAACAUUAGCUCUGUUGCUCAGGGAUUCAGGAUGUUGAAGGACAUCGACAAUUGACUCUCGCUAUUAUACAUGAUAUAUAGAGUGGUAUCACUGUAUGCUGUAUUUGUACCUGAAAGCUCAUUCUAACUCGCACGUUAAAGUGUCUACUGGCUUUGACUCCCAUUUGAAAUUCAAAUUCAAAAAUGCAUUGCAGGGCUCUGCGCUAACUUUGGCUACUGGUGCUCCCCACUGAAAUUUUUUUGGAGCACCAACACAAAAUUUAGGAGCACCACUUAAUUGAAAUGCAAUGCAACACGUGCAUAUUUUUCCAUCUUAACUGUUUUACUGAUACAAAUUCACAGAAAUAACGAUGCGCUGUUUUAUUUGAAAGAAAAAGCCCCAAAGGGAACUCGUGCUUUUUGCAAAAAGAAAUUGACAUUAAAAGAAAAUUGUGCAGUCGAGCGGACUGGGGCUGCGUGAGUCAACCAAACUGAUCAAAUCAUGAGCACCACACCCACCACAAGAACUAUAUCCACCGUUAUGAAUAAAAGGAUGUCUGUCAUUAUAUCAAUGUCUUUCGCCUGCAAUGAGUGUUUCAUUGACUAUUAAAGUGAGUUUGUCUCUCUCUCGGAUGCGCGCUGUCCAGAGGCAAUAUGCAAUUAUUACAGCUAAUGCAAUACUUUCUCUUCUGUUUUAUUUCUUCCUUUUAGGUUACCUGCUGUCUGGUGUUGGUUUUGGACCAUCUUGCUGAGUCCACAGUCUACCAGCCACUUUUAUUAUUGUGUAGUUACCAUUCUGUAUUACCGUUGGCAAAGAAGCGAGCAUUAGCAUUCAGUAUCCAGUUGUCCUCAGCCGGCCGUCCCCACGGGGAGUUAAUUAUUUCCAUUAGUGUUAACGUCAGGUUGAGGUUACCAUUAGGGUUUUUAAUCCCGUCACCUACUCUGCGUCAAACCAUUAGCAUUAGCGCUGAGUACGCGUUGACGUGGCAACGGUAGCUGCCAGUAUGGAUCGCGGUAGCUGGAGCGGCAGCGAGAGUCCAGGGGACGACAUGGAGAGACUGAGUGACUCAGGCGGGGAUAAGACCAUGGACGGGGACCCCGAGGGGGUCUGGAGCCCCGACAUCGAGCAGAGCUUCCAGGAGGCUCUGGCCAUCUACCCGCCCUGUGGAAGGAGGAAGAUUAUACUGUCAGAUGAAGGGAAGAUGUACGGUCGGAAUGAGCUGAUAGCCAGAUACAUCAAGCUCCGAACAGGCAAGACGCGGACGAGGAAACAGGUAUCCAGUCACAUCCAGGUGUUAGCCAGGAGAAAAUCCAGGGAGUUUCAAUCCAAACUAAAGGACCAGAACACCAAGGACAAGGCCCUGCAGAGCAUCUCCUCCAUGUCCUCGGCCCAGAUCGUCUCGGCCACCGCCAUACACAGCAAGCUCCUGCCUGGAAUAGUACGAAGCAGCUUCCCCAGCACCGCACAGCUGUGGCAGGGAAUGAUUCCUGGAGGACAGUCCAGCUCCACUACAGAAGACAUCAAGCCGUUCUCUCAGCAAGCCUACCCGGUGCAGACAGCGGGGACCACCACCAUCUCAGCCUACGAGCCUCCCACUGCAGCCCAAACGCACAGAGAGCCGGCGUGGCAGGGUCGCUCCAUCGGCACCACCAAACUACGACUGGUAGAGUUUUCAUCUUUUCUGGAGACACAGAGGGACCAGGAGGCAUACAACAAACACCUGUUCGUGAACAUCAGCCAGAGCAGCCUGAGCUACAGCGACCCGAUGCUGGAGUGCGUGGACAUCAGGCAGAUCUACGACAAGUUCCCCGAGAAGAAGGGCGGCCUCAAGGAGCUGUUCGCCAAGGGCCCGCAAAACGCUUUCUACCUGAUCAAGUUCUGGGCCGACCUGAGUUACAAUGUGCAGGACGACCCGGCUGCCUUCUAUGGCGUCAGCAGCCAAUACGAGAGCUCGGAGAACAUGACCAUCACCUGCUCCACCAAGGUCUGCUCCUUCGGCAAGCAGGUGGUCGAGAAGGUGGAGACGGAGUACGCGAGGUUUGAAAACGGCCGCUUCGUCUACAGAAUCAGUCGCUCUCCGAUGUGUGAAUACAUGAUCAACUUCAUCCACAAGCUCAAGCACCUGCCGGAGAAAUACAUGAUGAACAGUGUGCUGGAGAACUUCACUAUACUGCUGGUUGUCAGCAACAGAGACACUCAGGAGACCUUGCUCUGUAUGGCGUGUGUGUUUGAGGUGUCCAACAAUGAGCACGGAGCUCAGCACCACAUCUAUCGACUCGUCAAGGAAUAACUCUUGUACACACACACACAUAUAUGGCCUUUUUGCUUGAUGAUUAACGGUGACAUUGGAGGUAAAAUGUCAAAAAAACUGAAUACUACUUAAGUGUCUUUCAGCCAAACAACUCCACUUGGUGAGGAAGAAAACGGCUGCAUUUUCACUGCUGCUCACGAAACCCCACAACAAGAUUGGGAUCAUUUCUUUAUUUAACAUCAGGCAUGAUGCAGAAUUCUCCUCAACCAGAGAAUUUCCACUCAUAAAUCAUAACGCCAAUCGGAUUAGCAGAUACUUAUUAGCUGUAAAAAGCACAGUGAAGCACACCGGAAUCAACCUGUGUGGUUUUCCCCCCAAAAAACAUUGUGACUCUGAUAUCACCUGGAGAUAUCAUGUGUCCUGCUAAUUGGUUUAUUCCCCUCUUUUUCCCCAAUAAAUACUUUUCUGUACUGUAGAUGGCAAUGAAAUUGAUACUUCUGUCACGUGUAUUUGGGAAAGUCAACCCAGGGACGGAAAAAACAAAAGAAUCUUACAAUUGUCGCCUGUGACAAAGGUGUGUGUGUGUGUGUGUGUGUUAUCUGCCGAGAUACUGACGGACACUGAAGGUCAGACCCUGUGUAUCAUCAAUAACCAGAGAUGGAAAUGACACUACUGCGUUAUCAUAUUGUACGGUGUAGAGGAGUUUUGUACAGAUAAAAUGCAAAUUGUGUGAACUGCAUUGUUGCACAAAAAAAGAGGUUUGUCCCCAAAGAAAGGAAAUCAGAUUUUUACCUUUUUGUAUGUUUUCUUUAAAAAAACAACAAACAAACAAACAAAAAACAAUAGCGUCAAAACUUUGGGAAAUUGUUUAUUGAUAAAAGCAUAUAGACUAUAUUUUAACCAGGAACACUAUCUAAAAUUUAUGUUGAUAAGAAAGUAUAAGUGAAAUUGAACAAUUCAGGUACCAUUUUGUGCAACUAAUGAUUCUUCAUCAAGAUUGAAUAAAUAAAUACGUGCGUUAAAGCUAUAAUCCUUAAGAGUGCAGGCCCGGCGGUUUUGACCUUAGUGACAGUUGCUUUACGCUUCCUGUCAGCGCUUCACAAUAAAAGCCCCUCCAUGUUUUGUCUGUUGAAAGCUUUUAAUAUGAAGCAGCAGCAGUAGGAAAUGUUAGGUUAGCAUUAGCAGUAACUUAAUACGGCUAUAGGAGGGUGAACAUUAAAUAUUGGGGGCUCAUGUCAAUGAGAUAAAAUUACAAACAGUAAUUACAAACAUACAUGUGUCCUGUGAGGCAAUUUGAAACCAGCCCAGGAAUGGCGGACCUCGCCAUUAACAAUAAAAACUACCAUAUCGAGAGGUAAUUGCAGAAGUAUAAUACUUUGAUUGGCUAUUGCUGAAAAAAUGCAGACCAGAAAAUGUUACCAAAAAACCCAUAAACAACGGUUUGAUAUCAUGAAAAUCUUAAGGAUUAUAACUUUAAAUAAAAAAUGUAUUGUGGUCCGUCCAUUGGGAAGCACUGUGAAUCUUUAAAACUAUACAACAACGUCACUCAUUGUGUACAAGGGAAGGAAACGUGUCAAACUGUUAAAACAAACCUAUGAUUUCAUCUGAUCAGGUUUCUCUCUGCAAAUUAAACCUUCGCUUAGUUCAAUAUUCUUGCACCAGCUAACUUGAGCUUCAGCAUGCCCAUACUGACAAAUGUGUUCCAAGUCUGAAAUAUUAUUACGUCCAUAUUUACAUUGAGGUUCCAUCUUACGGCUGCAUUUACACGUAUUUGCAUUUGUGGUUCUACGUGUAUGUGUGACAGAUUGAUGUCUAAACGGCUUGCACACUAUUUAUUGUUCUGGUGCCUCAUUCAUAAAAUGCAACCUAGACUUGUUACAACUAGAGAAGACCAAUUCUGUUUGGUGUAUCUUCACAUAGCUGCUGAAAAAAGAAUUGUAAAAUAGAAUCUGAAGAACAAUGUAGCGACUGUCUUCAACAAUGAAGAAUACAGUAUGCUGGUUAACGCGGUGUGAAAUCUCACAGCGAUGUGUUAUUCUGUCACACCAGCUAUACGGAUAUGUAGUGUCCAGAAUACCCAGUAAUUUAGUUUUUGUUUAGGGAAACUUUUACCAUUUUACCAAACAUUAAAUGAGCCAUCUUUAGUCAGAACUAGAGGUAUUUGCUCAUAACGAUUACUCAUGCCUGACUCGGAUCUGACUGUUGUGGAACGACCAUCUGUGCUGAAAAAAACUUCGAGUUUUUGACUAUUUGUUUGAAGACUCGUGUGGGUGUCUCAGAGUGUCUGUAACUCUGAGACACCUCAGGUGUCCAACAAAAAACGCAAUCCUUUCAACACACCGGUGAGUCAUUCUGCCGGGAAAACCCCUUUCAAAAUGGCCCUGGCUUCAACUUUCCCCGACUUUUGUCUCACACUACAGUGAUCAGUUGUUUCGCAGGCGGACUGCUAGACCUUCACAGCACCGAACUAACAAGUAACAUGUACACGAUAACCUAACGCGCAGCCUUAAAGGGGCUGAUUUUGCAAUAAUGACCCUUGUCUGGACAUUAUCUACCACCUGCUUACCAAAGACAGUCAUCAUGUGACACGAAAGGAAAAUGGAUUUAUUACAAGCUAGAGUAAAUUACAAGCUUCUGCCAAAAAAGGACUAUCAGCCUCCAAACAUCUGUAGCUCAUGCUACACUGUAAACUGUACAGAUGUAAGUAACACAUACAACAAAAUAAACAAAAACUAAUGGAAGUAGGGUUACAGAACCUUUUGUGUUGUUUUUUUUUUACCUGGUUUAGAAAAUUGUGCAUUAACAUAUUUUGGUUUUUAAAGAUUUUUAAUUUGAACACCUUACCAUCAUGGUUGGAAGGCUGGAGAUAUUCUUAUACAGAAGAAUGCCACGGGAAACCCCAAAUGUCUGUUAAACUUAACAAGAACUCAACUUUAGGGCUUUACUGUUAAAUGUCCACUCAUACUAGAGAAUGUGUGAGAAAGUCACACAAAACGCAAAUGUAUACAUGCAUACAUGUUAGGCAUGUAUACAUGCCUAAAGGUUAUUGAAAAGGUUUCAAAGUUCGGUGAGCUGCUGAGUUUCCGAGUCAUCGUCGUCCGUGUUGUUAAUGUCGUCUCGUAUGUGCAAGGUGGAUAUUUAUCUUCUUUUCAGAACCACACGACGCACAGAAGUCCUGUCUGUAAUCUAUUCCGAAAUGGCCUUGACUCUUUUCACUCCGGUGCAUUUUGCAGCACAUCUGUAUCUGCGCUGAGGGUUUUUGAUAAGGUGCUUUAUAUAAAGGUGACAAUACCGUUUAUUACAGAUGUUGUGUAUAUCUUUGAUAUUCUAAUGUUUAUCCUAUUUUGCGAAGAAGAGAGAACAUUUAGGGAAAUCUAAAAGCUAGUAAUGGUUGUCUAUUGGUACUGCACAGGGUCUGAUCUUUGCUUUGUAACUUUUUUCCCCUCAUGGCUAAAAGUAUGUUAGAUAUUUUCUAGCUUUGUAGAGACUUUGUACGCAUAUGCUAUUCAGUUUAAAUAAAUGGUCAGUUCCAAA